AUGAGGAGGGUAUCGCUAUCAAGGGAUUCUAACAGCUCCCUAGAUGACCAAAGUGCCAAGACCUAUGACUCAAAGGGUCGAUUAACCAGCCGAAAAAGGAAAGGAUCAACCCGAGAUGCUCAAAAGAAGCGACGCUCUGCUUUGAGAGCGGUGUUGAUUUUGAGUUUGCUAUUCGCGAUAGCCAUGUGCUCUUCUUUAGCAUACACACAGCUGCAAUCAACAGAAGAGAAUGUAGGAAUUCAAACUUAUCAAUCCAUUGCGCUAAGUGCUACCGAAGGGGCUGUGGCAAUCACUGAACGGAAGUUUCAGGGUUCUGAAGUCAUGUCAACUCUGCUCGGACAACUUUACCCAAACGCUGCUGACUGGCCGCUGGUUGCCUUUGAUGGAUACAUCCCAAUUGCUCAAAAGGUUGCAUCCCUUUCUGCUUCUGGUACUCAAGCAUUUAUGGUCAUAUUGGACCCAUCAGAGGCACCUGCCUUUGAGACUCACAUCAAACAGGUCUACAGGGACCAAGGACGUCCAGAAAAUGCCGGAUACAGUGAUUUCGGUUUUGGUGUUUGGAGACGAGACGGAAAUGAAACAAAGACAUACCCUGAUGGAAGGCUCCAUGAUGUUACGGGAGGAAACAGCUGGGGUGGAACACGGAACAAGAUGGCUGUUUUGGCCAUGCACAACUCACCUGCUGCAAGUAGUCUAUUGUUGAAUCUCUACCCCUUACAAAGUCGAGGAAUCCACGUGGAGAGCAUGUUCGACUGUGUCGAUGCUCAUGACAAUACAACAACAAGUCCAUCGUGUCCAGUUGUAACUGACAUGCUGGAACUUGUGGUAAAACCAGGCCCUGCAGGCCUCUUGUUUAAUCCAAUCUUCCCCAAGAAUGAGCCAAACAACUUUGUCGGAUUUGCAACAACCUCUUUGCACUGGGAUGAGGUGCUGACAAAUGUUGUUCCCGAUUACGUGAGUGGCUUGACUUGCGUCGUGUCAACCGCUACAAGUGCCUUCACAUACGAGAUCCAGAAUGGUAAACCAACACUUGUGGGUGAUGGUGACCUCCACGACGAUAAAUAUACCAGUUAUGCUAAGACCGUGGUUCUGACCCGGUUUCAAACAGGGUCAACCUCCUCAGCGGGGUAUACUUUGACCGUGUACCCAACAGAAAAAAUGUUCAAAGCCUUCAGCACCGAUAGUCCAGUGGUUGUCUCUCUCGGUUUUGCUGCAGUAAUUACUGCUGUGGCCUGCCUGUUCUUUGGAUAUGAUUUUUUGAUGCGUCGUGAGGCCGAACAACGGAAGGCCAUUUUGGAAAUGAAGCGCAAGUUUGUGCGUUUCAUUUCCCACGAAAUUCGCACUCCUUUGAACACUGUCUGCAUGGGUCUCGAGUUGCUACAGGCUGAACUGAGGGCUCCAAAAGGCUUGGAUGGAGAUUCAAAGGUUGCUCAAGAAGAAGAUAUCAACUUUUGGUUGAAUGUUACUGACGACACCAACGAGAAUGCACAUGUCGCAGUGGAAAUUCUCAAUGACUUGUUGAACUAUGACAAGCUAGAGACCGGAACUUUAGAACUCGAGACUCAGCCUGUCCUCAUUUGGGACUUAAUAGAGAAGACUGUCAGUCAAUUUGGCAUUCAAGCAGUCAACAGAAAAGUCGAGCUCAAGUUGGACAUGGAACGCCCGUCUGGCGAAACCAUCCCCGACGUUGAAGGUGCCGAGAGCAUGGAUCCUUACAAUGUUAUCGGUGAUAACGUCCGCCUAGGUCAAAUUCUCCGAAACGUGAUUUCAAAUGCACUUAAGUUCACCAUGGAGGAUGGUCUCAUUCAAGUGACAGUCCGGUAUGAUCCCAAUGGAUUACCAAAUGCAGACCUAAUGAUGCUAGAAGAUGAAGCAGUACCUAGCCAUGACAGAGCAGGUUCGAUUUGUAUCAGCGUCAAGGAUAGUGGAGUUGGUCUGAGUAGGGACCAGCUGGAUCGGCUGUUCAGCGAGGGUGUGCAAUUCGACGCAAACCGCCUACAACACGGAGGUGGUAGUGGUCUUGGAUUGAAUAUUGCAAAGGGUCUCGUGGAACAGCACUGUGGCACCAUUUUCGCUGAUUCUGAGGGACUCGGGGAAGGAACUACGUUUACAGUUGAAUUACCUUUGUACGAAUUUGGUGAAGAAGAAUUGAGGAAAGCUGAAGACGAUAAGGACAGUGAGACAGAACCCACUACAGCCAAUUCCAGUGUGGCAACAAAAGUCGACCAUACUGGCGAAAUUCGGCUUGCUGCAUUACCACUUAAACGACGAAUAUUGGUUGCGGAGGACUCGGAUUCGAGUCGGAAAAUGCUGAUCCGUCUGCUGGAACGUGCUGGCCACACUUGUGUUCCAGCAUCAAAUGGUAAAGAAGCAGUGGAAUGCAUUAAGAAGGACAUGAAAUGUACAUCGUAUGACCCAGGUCAUAUACCGAUUGAUUGUGUUUUGAUGGAUUACGAAAUGCCUUUGCUGCGUGGCCCCGAUGCCACCAAGCGUCUUCGAAACUUGGGAUUUUCGGGGAUCAUCCUGGGUGUUACAGGAAAUGUUCUGUCGGAGGAUGUUGAUUUCUUCUUGCGACAUGGAGCAAAUGAAGUUAUGCCGAAACCUAUUAGCCUGAAGAAUAUUCAGAAAUUCUGGAAAGACUACGAAAGUGGAAAUUGGAAGGCAAGGCAAUCGCUCAAGCACGUCCAAUAG